CUCUGUGUACCUGUUUCGGCACAUCUGGCUGGGCACACAGCGGUGUUGGCGCAGCCCAGAGCUGCGGGCAGGGAGGAGCGGGCAGAGAGCCGCUGCGGGCAGAGAGCAUCGCUACCCGGGGAGGGGACAGGAGGGGGUUUCCCCCCCUGCGCCGCUUCCAGCGCUCACACGGGGAGCAGAGCGGCAGCCGGCGGCGCAGGGACGGGGACAUGGCUUGGGGCGAGCUCAGCCCCCUCCGCUGGCUCCGGGAGAGCCGCCAGUCCCGGAGACUCAUCCUGCUCAUCGUCUUCAUCGCCUUGCUCCUGGACAACAUGCUGCUGACGGUAGUCGUGCCAAUAAUUCCCAGUUACCUUUACAGCAUCAAACAUGAGAAAAAUGCCACAGAAAUCCAGACUACUAAGCCUAACGCGGUCUCAACAACGAUGGACAAUUUUCAGAGCAUCUUUUCCUACUAUGACAACUCCACGAUGGUUACUGGAAACGAAUCUGAUAAGACACAGCCCAGAGAGUUGCAUCAUACUCAGACAGAACAAAUGAUAGUAAAUGUGACUCCUUCCCCGUCUGAUUGCCCCAAGGAAGAUAAGGACCUGCUGAAUGAAAACGUUCAAGUCGGUCUCUUGUUUGCUUCAAAAGCAACAGUGCAGCUAAUCACUAACCCCUUCAUAGGGCCGCUGACAAACAGAAUAGGAUACCAGAUCCCACUGUUUGCUGGCUUCUGCAUCAUGUUUGUGUCAACAAUCAUGUUUGCCUUCUCAGGAAGCUACACGUUACUGUUUAUUGCCAGGUCCCUUCAAGGAGUGGGUUCCUCUUGUUCUUCUGUGGCAGGGAUGGGCAUGCUCGCCAGUGUAUAUACAGAUGACGAAGAGAGAGGCAACGCAAUGGGAAUUGCACUCGGAGGCCUUGCUAUGGGAGUAUUAGUGGGCCCACCUUUUGGGAGCGUCAUGUAUGAGUUUGUGGGGAAGAGUUCUCCGUUCCUGGUGCUGGCAGCACUUGCCCUCUUAGAUGGAGCUGUUCAAUUAUUUGUUCUGCAGCCAUCCAGAGCACAAGCAGAAAGUCAGAAGGGAACACCAUUGCUGACACUUUUGAAGGACCCAUAUAUCAUUAUUGCAGCAGGAUCAAUCUGCUUUGCAAACAUGGCUAUUGCUAUGCUUGAACCAGCUUUACCCAUCUGGAUGAUGGAGACCAUGUGCUCAAAAAAAUGGCAGCUUGGUGUUGCUUUUCUUCCAGCUAGUAUCUCUUAUCUCAUUGGGACUAAUCUUUUUGGAAUACUUGCGCACAAAAUGGGAAGGUGGCUUUGUGCUUUACUUGGGAUGCUAAUCGUGGGAAUAAGUAUUUUAUGCGUACCGUUUGCUAAAAACAUUUAUGGACUUAUAGCACCAAAUUUUGGAGUUGGAUUUGCCAUAGGAAUGGUGGACUCCUCCAUGAUGCCAAUUAUGGGCUACCUCGUAGAUCUGCGCCAUGUGUCCGUCUACGGCAGCGUGUACGCGAUAGCUGAUGUUGCCUUUUGCAUGGGCUUUGCCAUAGGUCCUUCUGCCGGUGGUGCCAUUGCAAAGGCCAUUGGGUUUCCAUGGCUCAUGACAAUUAUAGGAAUUGUGGAUAUCCUCUUCGCUCCUCUGUGCUUUUUCCUUCGAAGUCCACCUGCCAAAGAGGAGAAAAUGGCAAUACUCAUGGAUCACAACUGCCCUGUGAAAACAAAGAUGUACACCCAGAACAACAUCCAGUCCUACCCCAUGGGCGAUGAAGAAGAGGAAUAUGAAAGUGAUGAAUAACGUGAAAAAGCCAUAUAUUUUGGUGUACAAAAUGCAGUGUUUCAUGUGAAACAUCUCAUCCAGAAAUAGGUUUUAGUUGUACUGUACAUUUAAUAGUGAAAUGGUCAAAAAAACCAAAGGUAUAUUAUUCAUCACCCAUGGUUAUAAAGCAGACUGCUAGCUGCCUUAUAAGGGAGGGAAAAGCUUUUAUAGAGGAUUUGUAUAGUGUUAAUCUUUAUUUUGUGUAUUUAAUUUUAUUGAAUAUUACACUCUAUUUUUUGAUUAAAUGUGUAGUAUAAGUCUGUAUAAACAUGUGAAUUUUAACUAUUUUUCAAAGUCAACUCAUUGACAAGGUAUUUCAUAUUUUGGUUGGAGUCAUGAGUUACUGGCAAAAGCUUGGUCUGUCUUAUCAAAUUAAAAGGAAAAAGAAAAUAAGCAAAGCUCAAACUGUCCAAUUUGCACCCAUCUAAACUGUACCCUUGCAAGUAAAUCCACAGGAGCUGAAGGCUGGAAUUCACUAUGAGGUUUUUGAUCAACUUCAGAUCAUCUAUUAGUAAAGUAAAAGGCAAAUAUUUCCUGAUUUCAAAAGUGAGCUCUCCUUGAAGCACUGGGGGAAGUAGUAUUCUGAGCAGAUGAGUCUAUAGCUAUUAGUCACUACCAUUUAAUGAAGUUUAAACUAACCACUUGUUUAAUAUGAAGCCCCCAACCAACCACACAACAUCAGGUAAACGAGUAGGUAUGAAUGCUCCUUUCCCAUCCAGAGGAAAAAAGAACAGCAUGAAAAUAGUUUUUGUUAUUUCUGUAUUUUUAAUCUUUUGUUUUUAACAUAACUUUAUUUUAGAUGCAUCUUAAGUGACUGGUUAAGAAAAGCUGCAGUGUCACAGCAUUUAGUCUUAGCAUGUACUGAAAAACGAUAACUUAAGCAGUUCAAACAAAAACCAAUUUUACAUGUAUUUGCAUACAUACCUAGAAAUUCAACAUAUAUUUCUUUUUUAAAAAAUGAAUUAAAAUAUCAACUUUGCUAAAAAUAAUGAAAAAAAUGACCAAUAUUGCCAAUAUUUCUUACCAUUGGGGGCCACAGCCUAACACAGGAAAGGCAAUGAUGUGUUAGGCAGCCCCAAUCUGCACUGAGAAAAAUCAGACUUGGAAAGAAAGAGGUUUAAAAACAAUCCCAGUGUCCUUAUCAACUGUGGUGUACCUUUUCAUUUGUCAAAUUAAAAUCUUUAUGUGCCUUCUUUCAUGUAAUUGCAGAUGUUUCAUGUACUACAGCAUAGAUAUUAUGUUUACACAUAGUUUUGUAAAGUAUACAUACUAGAGUCAGAGAAUAUGAAAAAAUAUAGUGGAUCAGAGUUCAAGUAUUGCUUUCUCAAUAAUUAUGCAUCCAGACCACAUUAAAGUUAUGUAAAAGAAGUCCAUAAUCUAUUGUAAUAAAGUAAAAACAACAAUAAAAACUCCCCCUCAUGAUUUGC